AGACACGAGGACGAGUUCUCCGAUCCUGGUCCGUUCCUUGAAAACCUUCACAAAUUUAAUACCUUUGUCAAAAAAAAAACUCCUACUAUGCAUUUAACUAACGUUUUCAAGAUACUCUAGCUGUUAAUGUUCGUAUAUAAGUAUAAACUAAUGAAACAUAUAUGGAUCAUGGAAAUCAACUAAACCCAAGGACUCAGCCCUCAAAUUAGGGCCCAUUACACUAGUUGUAUCCAUCCGGUUAUCAUAAACUAUAAACCGGUUCAGACACAUUUGAAAAACCAUCAUUACAUACAUAGUAACAGAGAGUGGUAACUUAUAUUAUUAUCAGAAUUCUUCAGAAGCUAUGUGCAAAACCAUCAAUGACUAGUAAAGUAAACAGAUCUACAAAAUAAGGAGGUUUAGAGGUUGGCUUUUUCUAAAAGCUGUCUCUAGAAAAAGAAGAAGAAAAGAGUAAGAAAAUAAAAGCAGCAGUAAAUGAGAAAAAGAAAAAACCAAAUCUUUUAGAACAGUAACAGUUAACCACUACACUCCAUGAGAUCAUUUACCACGACCAGUUCCUCUGAACCAAACACGGUCUCUUAUGUCACGUAACCAUGUCUCUUUCUAUAUCACCAUAAAGAUAUGUAGUAGAGUUGUUUUCUUCAUAAGCUUAUCUUAAGAGCUCAAGACAGAGAAAGAGAAAGAGAUAAAGAUAGUAACCAAGCAUGAAGAGUUUGUUGAUUUGUGUUGUGUUGUUAGAGCUUGUCUGGUUUGGCAAUGGACAAUCUAGAGAUCAUCAACCUCUUGCUCCAGCUUUCUUUGUCUUUGGAGAUUCUUUAGUUGAUAGUGGAAACAACAAUUACAUUCCAACUCUCGCACGAGCUAAUUAUUUCCCUUAUGGAAUUGAUUUUGGCUUCCCCACUGGCCGUUUCUGCAAUGGCCGUACAGUUGUUGAUUAUGGAGCAACGUACCUCGGCUUGCCAUUGGUGCCACCAUACUUAUCUCCUUUAUCCAUUGGGCAAAACGCCUUUAGAGGGGUUAACUAUGCAUCUGCAGCAGCUGGGAUUUUAGAUGAAACCGGUCGACAUUAUGGAGCAAGAACUACAUUUAAUGGACAGAUAUCGCAGUUUGAGAUUACAAUCGAGUUACGUCUCCGACGUUUCUUUCAAAACCCUGCAGAUCUGAGCAAGUAUCUUGCAAAAUCGAUAAUUGGGAUCAAUAUAGGAAGCAAUGAUUACAUCAACAACUACCUUAUGCCUGAGAGAUACUCCACCAGCCAAAUCUACAGUGGAGAAGACUAUGCAGAUCUCCUGAUCAAGACUCUCUCAGCUCAAAUAUCAAGACUAUACAACUUAGGCGCACGAAAAAUGGUGUUAGCUGGGUCAGGACCAUUAGGUUGCAUACCGAGUCAAUUAUCUAUGGUAAGCGGCAACAACAACAGCGGGUGCGUAACAAAGAUCAACAAUAUGGUCUCAAUGUUCAAUAGCCGACUGAAAGAUCUAGCAAAUACUCUCAACACAACUCUUCCAGGAUCUUUCUUUGUCUAUCAAAACGUCUUUGAUCUAUUUCAUGAUAUGGUUGUGAAUCCCUCUAGAUAUGGUCUUGUAGUAUCAAACGAAGCGUGUUGCGGUAACGGGAGAUAUGGAGGAGCCUUAACAUGCCUUCCAUUGCAGCAACCGUGCUUGGACAGGAAUCAAUAUGUCUUUUGGGAUGCAUUUCAUCCAACAGAAACUGCCAACAAAAUCAUAGCUCACAAUACCUUCAGCAAGUCUGCAAACUACUCCUACCCUAUCAGUGUCUAUGAAUUGGCUAAACUGUAGAGAUAUGUGUCUCAAAGCUAGAUUUCCUUGGUUUUCUAGUUUCUAAUUAGUUAGAAGACAUUAAGUAUGGGAUUUGUAUCUAACAAUUGCCCAAAUCUUUAAGAUCACAUCUAUGUUCCAAUGUUAUAAGUUAAACUUUUCUCUUUCUCACAAGUGUUAGCCAACA